AUGGAAUCCAAUAAUCCUUACGAGAUUCUCGACGACGAUGAUGGUUUUGAUUGGGAAGCAGCUGCGAGAGAAAUCGACGCGGUUUGUCAAAUGAGAAGUGACGCGAAAACGAACGAAAGCGAAGCGGAAAAGGUUUGUCAAAAGAGGAAGGGGAAGGGAAAGGGAAAGCAAUCGACUCUUGAUAGUUUUGUUGGAAUUGCGGAAAAGGAAAGUGAAACGAAUCCAGUUCGAGAAAAUGAUGCUGAAGAAUCUAUCUGUGACCAUCAUAUUGACAAUGAAGCAGCCAAAACUUGGAUAUAUCCAGUUAAUGUUCCUCUCCGCGACUAUCAAUUCCAUAUUGCCCAAACUGCACUCUUUCAAAACACUCUGGUCGCCUUGCCAACAGGACUUGGCAAAACUCUCAUUGCUGCUGUUGUCAUGUAUAACUACUUUAGAUGGUUUCCUGAGGGAAAAAUAGUAUUUGCUGCUCCUUCUCGACCACUUGUCAUGCAGCAGAUAGAAGCAUGCCAUAACAUUGUUGGGAUACCGCAAGAAUGGACAGUUGAUAUGACCGGUCAGUUAAGUCCUCCCAAAAGAGCUCGUUUGUGGAAAACGAAGCGAGUUUUCUUUGUCACUCCACAAGUUUUGGAAAAAGACAUUCAUUCUGGUAAGUGUUUGGUGAAGUACUUGGUAUGUUUGGUGAUUGAUGAAGCUCACAGAGCAAUGGGAAAUUACUCGUAUUGUGAAGCAGUUCGCGAGUUAAUGGCUGUACCAGUGCAACUAAGGAUAUUGGCAUUAACCGCAACACCAGGAUCCAAGCAGCAGACUGUCCAGGAUGUUAUUGAUAAUUUGCAUAUCUCCAAGCUUGAACAUCGCAAUGAAACUGACCACGAUGUUAUGCCGUAUGUUCACGACAGGAAGAUAGAGUUGAUACAGGUUGCAAUGGGCCAAGAUGCUGUAGAAAUAAACAAUAAGUUUUUGGAAGUGAUACGCCCUAUCGCAACCAAGCUUACUAAUAUUGGGGCAAUUAAUAGAGAUUAUCGUACUUUGAGCCCUUGUGUAUUACUUGAAAUGAGGGAAAAGUUUCGUCAAGGGCAGAUGCAAGAUCCUUCACAUAACAACUACAUAGAUGUUGAAGGGUAUUUUGGAGUUCUCAUUACUCUUUAUUACAUCCACAAACUUCUUUCAAGUCAUGGAAUAAGACCAGCUUAUGAGAUGCUCGAGAGAAAAUUGAAGCAAGGGUUUUUCGCAAAAUAUAUGAGUAAAAAUGAAGAUAUUCUGAAAGCAAGGCAACUAAUGCACCAAAGCUUGUCUCAUGGAGCGUCAAGUCCCAAGUUGUCCAAAAUGCUAGAAGUAUUACUGGAGCAUUUCAAAACCAAUGAUCCACAAAACUCCAGGGUGAUUAUUUUCUCCAAUUUCAGAGAAAGUGUAAGGGACAUAAUGGUUGCAAUUGGAGGUAUCGGGGAUCAAAUUAGAGCUACCGAGUUUAUUGGUCAAAGUUCAGGAAAAACAACGAAAGGUCAGUCCCAGAAAGUUCAACAGGCCGUGCUUAAGAAAUUUCGGUCCGGUGCCUACAAUGUCAUUGUUGCUACAUCAAUUGGUGAAGAAGGUCUUGAUAUCAUGGAAGUUGAUCUUGUCAUAUCUUUUGAUGCUAAUAUUUCACCACUUAGAAUGAUUCAGCGAAUGGGGAGAACAGGAAGAAAACAUGAUGGCCGAGUUGUAGUUUUGGCUUGUGAAGGGGCAGAGUUGAAAGGCUACUUGAAAAAAAAGGCAAAGAGCAAGACUAUAACUAAACACAUGCGAAAUGGGGGCAUAAAUAGCUUUGUCUUUCAUCCCAGUCCAAGGAUGAUUCCCCACAUCUUUAAACCUGAAGUUCAAUAUGUUGAACUGUCUAUUGAGAAGUUUAUUCCUCGUCAGAAUAAUGUGAGAGAAAACCAUCUUCAAACUUCUGCAUCCAAAGACGAACUCACUCUUGCUGAAACUGAUUUACUCGGAAAAUAUUUUCACUCUACUGGAGAAAAUAGAUGUAGAUUGUCUCUUAUCGCCUUCCCUCACUCUCAGACAUUUCCUUCUAGAGUUCAUAAAGUGAAGCAUUCCUGUGGAACAUGGAUGUUUAUAGACAUGAUGCAACGUUUGCAAGGACUGGCAGCAUGUGCAGGAAAUAACGAAAAUUCUACUCUUCAGGAAGGAAGGUGUUUAGAAAAUAGUAAGCCACUUGUCAGUACUGAACUUGAUGAAGCUAAAAAUGACAAUAGGGAUACAAUGGGAAGAAAUAUAGAUUCUGAAAAUUGUCUGAAGGUGGAUUCCUGUCAUAUGGAAAUUGAAGACUUUGUUGAUCUAACUCUACAAGAUAAUACUUUCUGUGACACGGGUGAGUGUCAAGAGGAAACAGCUGAUGGUGAUGAGACAAUUCCUGAGACUCCAGAUGCUAAGAGGAAUUUGUCAAAUGAAGGAGCUAUUGCCACUGAAAUAGCAAAUUCUGUUGAGAAACAGACUUCUUCACUGGCUGCAGAUGCAUGCGAUAACGGCAUGAGAGAUGAAGAGCUUAGCCCUCGUUUAACUAAUUUGAUUAUAAGUGGUGUUGUUCCCGAGUCUCCCAUUGAGGAAAGAGGGAAGUCAAGAAACAAGUUUGUCAUCCGAGGCUGUAUUUCACCAGUUCAUCUCCAGGAACAACAAAAUGCCGCCUCUUUGAGUUGUAGGGAAACUGAAAAUGUCAUCAUUGAUAGUGACAAUGGUAAAAACGUAUGUACUUCCCCUGUUAAUGAUAGUGACAACGGUAAAAAUGUAUGUACCUCCCCUGUUAAUGAAACCCAAACCCCUUUGCUUGAGCUGAAGAAUUGUGCGAUUAGAAGAGGACGAGUCUUUGUUUCUCAAAUUGAGGAAAGGCAUAUGCAUAUUGUUGAUCCAAGCAUCAGUGAAGAAUCACAUCCAAGUUGUGGUGAAAUGUCUGUAAGCAUUAAACCUGCUCGCAAAUUUAAAAGGUUGAGGAAAAUUGAAGAUACUGAAAGUAAUAUGAAUCAGAAAAACAAUAAUAUUUUUGAUUCAACAGCAAACUUUUCAAAACCAGCUCCUGCCACCAAUCGCAAACGAUAUAAGCAUGGCCAAGGUUUAAGGAAACCAGCUAAUGUGAGAGUAAGAGACUUCAUUGAGGAGGAAGCUGAGGUAUCUUCAGAUGCCUCCGUAUCUAAUGAUGAAGAUGCCGAGGAUGACAAUUCUGUUGACAGUUUCAUAGAUGAUCAAACUAACCUUACAGCAGUCACUCAGCCUGGAGCUAGUAGAAUGGACAUGAUGGCAAUUUACAGGCGUUCAUUGCUCAGUCAAACACCGAUUAGUGGAGGGCCCAAGUUUUCCACCAAUUUCAGUCCUGACAAUGUGACAAUGACAGCCAAUAUUGGUGAAAGUGGUAAUUCAUCAGUCAAUACAGCGAGUCGUUUCCAGACAGGACAUACCAGUCAUUCAGCUAAUCGAACUUCAGAAUUAAUAAGUACUGACUGUAUGACCUCAGAAGCAGGGCCUUCAACUAGUGUUCCAACUGAGACAGAUAUAAGAAGCCGUAAAAGAAGAUUGACAUUUCUUAAUUCUGGACACUUUCCAAGUAUGAAUCUUGAACACGAAUUUGCACUUCAAUCAAAGAAAGAAUCAGUGAAUACCGAUGCAACUAUAGCUGUUCUAUGUGAUGAUCAAUUCCUUAAUACUCUUGAUCUUGAUGAGUUGGAGGCGCAGGCAACUUCUAUUCUUAAACAGAAAUCGGAUUCUUCAAAUCAGAAGCAAGAUAUAAGUCCUCCAUCUCAUGAACUGAACCUUGAUAUUAUUAUGACUCCAUCAUUCGAUCUUGGUAUAUGA